AUGUCGGACAGUCCUCAUAGCGGAGACAUCACCCUCCCAGACGUUAACCAGGGACCUAGAAUUAUUAUAGCCACGGCUAUCACCACUGCCGCCGCAUUAAUCACCGUUUUGGCUAGGUUCUACGUGCGCAUAUGCCUUAUUCGCAAUGUCGGGUGGGAUGAUUACACUAUGGCUCUGACGAUGCUACUGUCUGCCUGCGGAUUCGCCAUUAUCGUCCCCGAGGUGAAAUAUGGUGCAGGCAGGCAUAUGGUCUACGUCCAAGAAACGGCCGUAACGGCAAUGCAUCUGAACUAUGCUACCCAGGGUCUUUACAUGUGGGCUAUUGGCCUGGUGAAGGUAUCAAUUGGGCUGUUCUUGCUUCGUUUCGCGCCCCGGAAAGGGUAUAAGAUCUUUAUCUGGGUUGUCAUUGUCCUCAUGACGCUCUACACUGCAAUCUGCUUUUUGACUCUUAUCUUUCAAUGUCAGGAUAUCCGGUCAAAUUGGGAUAGUUCGGUGAAAUCGAAGUGCUUUACUCCCAAACAACUUUUGACUCUGAGCUAUACAAACACUGCACUCAAUAUUCUGACCGAUCUGAUCUUCGCGGUUCUACCGGUCUUUAUGCUACGUCAUCUUCAAGUCAAUCGCCGAGUAAAAGCCUCUCUGAUCUGCAUCCUGGGCCUGGGAAUUUUCGCCUGCGCAGCCGCCUUCGUCAAGCUCUCAAUUGUUUCCAACUACGGCCGAACCGGCGACUUCCUCUGGGAUUAUACGAACCUAACAAUCUGGGUCGUCACGGAAUGCAACACAGGUAUCAUCGCCGGCACCCUCCCAACCCUCAAACCACUCUUCAAGAGAUUCCUCGGCACAUACGGCUCGCAGUCAAAAACAAACCGCGAGUACCUCGGCAGCAAGAAAUAUAAAAUGCAAUCGAUGUCUCGAUCAAGAGGGCCACCGCUAAAAUCUCAAGGACAUAAAAGUGGCAAUCUCAGCAUCGUUGAGUACGACGCUGACCCGAACAUUCAACGCUCCCAGAUUGCUUCCACGGCGGGCUCGGCAACGUAUGCUGGAAGUCGAGGAAGCAAUUCCAGUGAGGAGCGGAUAUUGCCUGUUCAUGGUGACGGGAUCGUUCGUACAACUGAGGUGAUUGUUUCGCGUGAGCAGAAUCCUCCGGAGCUGCCGCCCAGUCCUCCCCCUGUGUCGAAGUUGAGUAGGAUGGGAUCGCUGAGUGGCUUGCGCGUCAACGCGGAGGAUAGGGUUUGA